AUGUGUUCAAAUGUCGCAAAAAUUUCAAGUGUGAAAAUCAAUGGGUCCAAAACAUCUUCUCCACCUUUUUUUCGCCACCUGGACCCUCCACACCACAUCCGCUUUUCAGGUCGCCAGCAGAAAGGAACCAGUCAGCCAAGGGAUCUCCUACAAACCGGUCGCGAGCCAGCCAUUUCGGCCACUUCGUCGCCGGCAAAAAAUUAUCACCUCAGAUGGCUCGAAAAAAAACAGAAAGGCAUGGCACGGAAAGAGCCGGACUUGGAGCCUGACGAAAGGGCACCUCUGUGGAGUAUAUAA